AUGCCAGUCCAGAGAGACACCAACGGCCAACCCGACGACACCUCCCGUUCAUCACCCAUCCGGAUCCAAACGGUCGUCCCAGAGCGGGUCAACUACGGCACCCCCAUUUCAGGCGUGUCAGCCGGAUUGUCGACGUCUGCCCCAGCAGGACCGCCGCUGUCACCAAGCGAGCUGCCACCAAGCCGCCCGGCCAGUGCCAUGUCCGAUUCAUGGUCCACUAUUACCCAGACAGAACACGGCAGCCCAGCACCCAUGGAGAUGCCGGCUGGGACCAUGUCACCCUUGCCCCUCACCGCGUCACCGUACGCCGAGCCGUUCCCUGUACUGCCGUCGGCGUUCGAUAUUCUGCUGGAUCUACUACCGCCACCCUUGACAGUCGAUGACUUCGAAGAUAGAUUCCCAACCGGAACCUCAAGUGGACCUGGAGCCAGCUCAUCCUCAUGGAAAAGAGACUCAGAGGUCGAUCGUGGACACGAUGAAGAGCGCAAACAUAUUCAGCACCGUUUGCUUACGCUCGAAAAGCGCCUGGACCAGGAACAGAAAAAGAUUGAUGAGAUGCUCAAUUCCGGCACGGCAGAGACUGCGGACGUCGAAGUCACAGAGUCUGUCGCGGCCUUGCUUCGGAAGAAGAUGAUGCAGGAGCGUGCUAAGCUUGCCAAACAUCAUCCACAGCUCCCGCGUCAGCCUCAGCAUGCUGUACCACAGUGGCUCCCGUUAACGGAGCCGCCUUCCGGAAACGGCCCUCAAAUGCGGGCGGGGGAUCACAGGAUGCCGGAGCCGGACCGGGGGGGCAACGGCUCCGAUGGUGGCAAUUCCCAUGAAGCUCACGCCGGAGAUCAGCAAGUGGGAGAGCCAGAGUCAGACAGGGGGAGCAACAUCUCCGGUGGCACCAGCCCCGGAAUCUGGGUUACGCCCGAAGCCAGCGGCGAAGAUGACCAGCCGGGAGAGCGGGACACGGAGGACAACGGGUCCUCUUCCGACGACAACGGCACCGGCAAUGCUUCCGACGCCAGUGUCAUAGAUCAUCAUGCGAGCGAGUCAGACAAACAGGGCAGCACCUUUUCCACGGGCAGCAGCAGCACUGAACCCAACAAAUUCAGUUGGGCCGACGAUAGCCCCUUCGAGAGCGAAGCUGCCGAUUCUCCCAAGAUCGACACCUCCCCAAAGAGCAGCAGCCCUGGAUCGAAUGAACUCAGCUGGGCCGGCGAUAGCCCUCCCGUGAGCGAACCCCCCGACUCCGACGCCUGGGCCGUCGGGCUUGACAUCGACAAGGAGGCUCCAACGGGCGCCCCGGUUCGCAAAGUUGAGCAUCCCAUUGAGAAGAAAACUCCAAUAAACGCCCCGAUUCCGAAACCCGUGCUGUCUUGGGCACAAGUGGCGCGCAGAGGAAUGGAGAAACAUCCCACGCGGAGCUUACGCCAACCCGUGAAGCCUGAUUGUCCCGUUCAAGGUUCCAAGGGCCGGCCCGCUUCUCCCUCAGGACAGGGCAGCUCGAGUGAUGCGAGUCCGCACGAUACUCCAGCAAGUGGCGAUGAGCCUAGCGGCGGGCAGUCUUCCUCGGAGUCUGAACCGGACAAGGGCGACAGCAAGAAUGAGGAGAAGAAGACGGCAGAGUCGGAGAGCGCGUAUGCGCAAAACACGCCGAGCAGCUCGGGCUCGGAGACGCCUUCAGCUCCAGGAGAGCAGAGCAAGAAGAAGGAUAAGAACAGGAAGAAGAAGGGUUCAAGCAAGGGGAAGCAAGAGGGUGAGGAGGAAAAGAAGGAGGAGGUCGAAGCGGAUUGGACGGUACAGGACUGGCCCGAACAGGACCAGGGCACGUGGUGA